AUGACUGAAGAACCACAGCUUGGCUCGAUUCAAGAGCGGAUUGCUGCUUUAAAGCAAUCCCAAGCCGCUCACCCAUCGGGCCCUGAGCCACCGUUAUUCCGCCCGGCUGCCGAUCGCGGCCAACCUCCAAGACCACCACCAUCAUACGAUGAGAGCGAGUCCACUUUGGACGGCGACUCGUAUAGAAAUAAGCCCUCAGAUGUUCGGACACAACGACCGGCGGUGCGGCCUCCGCCCACACCAUCGCCACGACCGGAACUGAAGCCUAAACCGAAAGUUCCCCCUGCGCUGCCAACACGAAAGGACCGUCCGCCUCCUCCCCCUCCAGCGCGCUCUGAAUUCGCGGAGAGACGUCCCGCAUUGCCGCCUCGCAGACCGACAGAAGAUCAACCACGGAGACCAUCGAUCGAAUCAGUCACCUCCGAUGCCUCUCACUCUACAACUGCGACGACCGUGAAUAGUCUGGGACGUGGCGCAUCGACAACGUCUGUCAAUUCGACUAGCACCACUGGUACCACUGGCAGCGGUCGCAUCAAAGCCCCUGCCUGGGGAGAGACAGAGCUACCUGUGUUGCCUCCCAGACGUAUCAGAGAAGAUCCGAUCGACGUGCAACCGCCCUCGCGCUCAGAACCCAAGUCUGACUCCAGGCUCAACGGCUUAACCAACGGGUUAACCUCAAAGCUAUCCUCAUUGCGAGGCAAAGGCGCUUCACCCUCGCCACCUGCCAGACCAUCACGUCCUGUUUUGCCGACACGCUCCUCAAUCAGAUCUGAGAAAUCACCCGCGCCGCCGCCUCUUCCUGUGCGACGGCCAUCUGGACUAGACGCACCUACAUAUGGGCCUAAUGAAACAAACGAACCCGAACAAGAAGACCGCCCGAGCUUGCCGGCUCGGAGGUUACCCCCGCCUGCAAAUGCUACAACUCUGGACAAUAUUCGACAGUCCGGGUUCGGUGGGUUGAAGACUCCAAAUCUCCCUGUGAGACCGAAUAGCACACCAGCAAGUAACACUUCACCGAACGAUCUCUCAAAGCUUCAAGCUACCAAGCCAAAAUUCCAUGGCUCCUCCCCGGGCGCCGCACAGCCUCUUAGUUCUACGACGGAGUGCUUGGUAUGUCGAGACUUUUCCGGUCCAGACGCCCGGGGAGCCCAGUAUCCACGCGCUUCCCUCCCGACACAAGAUCUGGGCUGGUUAGCGAAUGAGCUGACUGCUCCAUUCCCAUCCCUGACCGACAAGGCUAGAGCCAUAUUCUCCUGGAUGCAUCAUAACAUUCACUAUGAUACCGUCGCAUUCUUCAAUAAUAACGUGAAGCCAUCCACUCCCCAAAAUACCCUAGCCACUGGAUUGGCUGUCUGCGAGGGUUAUGCAGGGUUAUAUGCUGUGCUGGCCACGAAAGCUGGAUUGGAAGCCGUUGUAAUUGGUGGUGCUGAUAAAGGAUUCGGUUACGUCCCCCUAGCGCCAGGCGCACGCCCACCACCUUUCAAAACAACCCAUGCCUGGAACGCCGUGAAAAUUGACGGCGGACGCUGGAAGCUGGUCGAUCCAUGCUGGGGCUCCGGCUGCGUGAAUGGCAAAGGCAUGCCUUACGAGCCAAAAUACAAUCCUGCCUAUUUCUCCAUGUCAAACGAGGAGUUUGGUCUGAAGCACUACCCCGAAAACACAGGCUACCUCUACCGUGAAGAUGGUCGCUUCGUCAGUUAUGAAGAAUACAUUGUAAUCAACCCUGACAUGCCAACCGGCUUGAAGCCCAUCAAAACCUACAGCGAUGCCGAUAAACAUAGCAUCGGCCGCAGGACUCUACAGCCAGAGGGUGGGGAGAUCUCAGUAUACAGCGCACAAAGCCCGCUUCGUUUCCAAUUCGGACUAAUCUGUGAACACUGGACACUGGCGCGGCACUCGCGUCUCAAGCCUGCUCUAUUCCUACUCAUGAUCAAGGGCGUUGAUGGACGGAAAGACGAUCAGCUCGUCUUCCGACAUAUGCCUGGCUCUGGUCCAGGCGGCGGCGGCGAGUUCUGGUACGUGGAUGUAGAUCCUCGGAUGCUCGGUGCACCUGGCCAGAAGGUAUUACUUGCUGUGUUGACGAAGUUUGGUGAGCGCACGAAUUGCCGUGGGAUAACGGCUGAAGAGUAUGAAUCCCAACGCGGCCGUGUGGGAAUGGCAUGGGCAUACAUUGCACAAUGGGAGCUGGUGAAAUGA